GGCGGUGUCACGCCGAGUCGAGCCGCAUUGCAUGGCGACCGCACGCACGAAUUCGCCGCGAACGUAACAUGCCAGGCAGCCGGCGACAAAAGGCGCGGCGGGCACACGCAUACUAGUGGAGGCACAACAGCAAAGUCGUCUUCAAAGUGCAUCUAACAAGUUUUGCCGUUCACAAUUUUAGGGGACGGCAUGGAUCAAAGUGGGAACCCGGCCGACGAUGAAUUUUCUGAGAAGGAGGUGCCAUGUCUUAUUGUGGAAGACUCGCAGGAGAUGCUAACAUCAGGAGAGGCUGCAUCUAGCUACCAAACACUCAUAACGCACAAGCUUACAGCCCUACGAGAACAGCCAGGCAGCCCUGAACUGGCACUACUGUCCACACCUGGAAUGUCUGCACAUCAGAAGAUAAGCACAGAUGUGCUUGAUGGAGCACAUAGGCCAGACCCUGCACCCUCAGAAUCGUGUAGCUUAGAAUUAGGCACUACGCCUCAUCUUAAAGAUAAGCAGACAUCUGUUGUUAAAGAUGCCUUCGAGCAGCCUGCCACUGAGGUGGUGAAACCCAGCAGUGUCGAAGAGGCCUCGUCUGCCGGAUCUACAAAGAAGAGCCUCCCGCCUACCCAGGUCUACCGCAUGGCAGAGCGGACUGUGCAUAUGUUGCUGCAUGGGGGACUGAGGCUGGAGCCAUCGGAGCACGCGCCUUCCACUGGUAACGUGUCGGGAGUAGUGGAGUUGACCAUGGCGGGCGAUGAUGCAGAGAGGGUGGACGAGUCCUGCACACAGGAAGACAUGUUUGAAUGUUCACAGACCCUUGAAAGUCAGGCCAAGCCACUUUCUCCAUGCUACACGCCCGUGGACUCCCUCAGAGUUCUUCACCUGUCUGGACACCAGCCCCUGGCCUCUGAGAGCCUGUCUACUGACUGGUCAAACACAGGAUUUUGGAGGCUGACGCCAUCCAGUGGUGCUGGAGGGCUCACGUAUAGUGGCUGUUCCAUCCCAAGGUGCUCUGAGGACAUGGUAGCUCCCUCUCCCAAUGCCUACCGCUCCACACCUAUCAUUAUACCAUCCUCCCCAACAGCCCAUGAUUCUCAAGACAGCAGUCUGGAUAUGGAGGAGCCCAUGGAUGUUCUAGCUGCUACAUCUCCCUGCAAGUCUGAUGAGCCUAUGGAGACGCAAUCCCCAACCUGCACCACUCCUCUUCCGGCCGAAAUUCCCAAAUGCAUACCUCAUGUACAAGCCACUGCUGCACAGGCAGACAAUGAGAUCAAGCCUUCUGUUCCGUUGUCACCAAAGCCAGCAUCUCAACCUGUUCAAGGGGUACUCAAGAAUCCUGAGGAGGCACAAAUGCAGAGAGAAGUGCAGACCCAACAUGUGACACAGGCUCGGCAGACAUCACAUGCACACCUGGCUACCCACGAAGCAGACACUCAACAUUAUACACAACAAUUGCAGACACAAAAAAAUACCCAAGAGCCACAGACACAUAACAUGCCACAGCCUCAGCAGGUUACACAGGAUGCAGAAAUGUUAAAGGUUUCUCAAGAUGUACAAUUAUCGCAAGAAUUACAAGAGGCACCACAAGAUGAACAGGCUCAGCCACUGCACACUGAGUCUCCUGAAGAGGAACUAACACAGACCAAACAGGCUUCUCAGCAGCCACAGACACACCCGAUCACCCAAGAGGCACAAGAACACCACAAAUCCCAGGAGGUGAAAACACACCAAGAGGAGACACAAGAACAAGAGAAUACAAAGAUACAUCAGUCGCAUAAUGUAGCCCAGGCGGCUCAUAUUCAGGAGAAACCAUCUUCUCCAGUUGCCAUCUGUAUUCCUCCAUCAGAACCCGAGUUCUCUCAUGACAUUUUUAUCCCAACACCUGCAGAUGGUAUCAAUCCCCCAGCCUCCAAUGUCCCAAAGCCUGUGGACACACCAUUGAACACGGAGCCAAUAACUACAGUGCGAAGUGCAUCGGAUGGCAAUCUGAAUACCAGUGAAGGAGGAGACGCGUCUUUCCACUUGCAGCUUUUCAGUGAAGAACACACGGAGUCGGACCACCUAGCAUCCCUGCAGCAGUUUAUAUCUUUGCAGGAGUCUCAAAAUUUGCAAACCAGCCAAAUACCAUCAGAUAAGCUGGACACAGACACCAAACACGUCAGCCAGUCCGAUGUAGUUGAAGAUAAAAACAACCAACCAGAAGCAACAACCAACCCUCUGAAUAAAUCUGAAAUGGCUCUAGAGCAUGGGCGAGGUGAUCCAUCCAAAUUGGCCAGUGACACGAAGGAAAUACAAAUUGAAUCUGGGCCAUCUGUUAAUUUGCAUUUAUGCUCAACUGCGAAAGAGGACACUUCUGAGGAUCAGGACAGUGAACCAAAUGAAGAAACACAAAUUGAUGAGGAAAUGGAGGAGGCUCUGGAUUUCACUGGGAAUAAUUCAUCAUUACUGGAAAAGAAUACUGAUUCUCAGUUACAGGUGAUGGAAUCUAAGGUUAGUGAGCCUCAAAUUAGUUGUCCCCCAAAUAAGAGCGAAGAUGCUUUAGGAAAACAUGGUAUUGAUAAAGAAACAAAGGUAAUUGCCAUUGUUCCUGCAUUAGAGCCUAGCCAUAGUGAUUGUGUUUCUUUAGAACCUAGUAAUGUAAAAAUGGAUCAACCUGAACAAAAUAAAAAUUCACAAACGGAGCUUGCAAAAAGUUCAGAAGCAGUUGAAGCCAUGCAAGUUGAAAAAGUUAUGGAUACCAACACAAGUUUGUCAUCACAACCAAAAUUUAAAUGUCUAGAAGUUAUUGAUGAGGCUACUGUCAAAAAUUCACAAACGGAGCUUGCAAAAAGUUCGGAAGCAGUUGAAGCCAUGCAAGUUGAAAAAGUUAUGGAUACCAACACAAGUUUGUCAUCACAACCAAAAUUUAAAUGUCUAGAAGUUAUUGAUGAGGCUACUGUCAAAAAUCAAGAGCCUCGUAGCCCUCUGGAGGUGGAGUUAGACGGUUCACCGGAGGAUUGUGAAGAUGACACAGGAGCCGAUGUGGCUCUCCACCUGUCACUGUCAGAAUCCCAAGCUGAAUCACAAAUAACCGAUUCAUCAGUCAUCGUGGACAACAGUGUCGGCAACUUGUCAGGCAAAAGCAUCCAAAAUGGGAACUCCACGGCACCAGUCGAUCCCCUAACAAGGUCACUGAUUUUAAAUGAAAGCGGAACGUCUGAAAAAUGUAGUUUGAAGAUAACUGACAACGAAACCCAAAAUACAGAAGAAGCCGUAGUGCUUGAAAAGCACGCUGCAGAAAGUCAGCAUUUCCAAAGCGAACCUAUAACAGCACAGCCUAAAGGGUCUGAUCAAGAUGUCUGCUCACAAAGUAAAGCUGUGAACAAGGAUGCAGAAGAGAUGCAGAUAUCACAAAACAAACCAAGGUUGGAAGAAUCUGAAGGUGGCUUUCAGGGUAGAGCUGUGGAGGCUGAAGUAAGAAAUGUCCUGGAACAUGAAACAUCACAACAACAAGCAGCAGGGAUAGCCAAGCUGUCCUCGUCUGAAGAUGAUGCUGAUAACUCAGUAGUAGAAGAGACCAAUAAGACUAACCUAUCCUGUUCAUCAUCUAAUGAAGUGCAGUUCCACUUUACUUUGCCAAAAGAGGGUGAAGUUAUCCGGCUGCAGGCCAACAUCACCCCACCUCUUAUCCGGCAGAUGCGACUUGCUCCCCGACACAGCACACCCAUUGGUGGUUCAGAGCCUCCCCGGGCCCCCUCCGCAGCAAGCGACGUAGUGGCCGGAGAUGACAGCAAGAGAAACCUUUCACAGGAGGGAGCCCAGCCUAGCCCUUCCUCCCAGCGGAGCCAGGGUGCGCGAGGGGACCUCACCAGCCAGGGCGGGGUACCUGAAAGCCCUUUAACCCCGCAGAUACAGGGUAACCAAGAGGACGUGAGCUUUCCAGAAAUGCAAGGAAUCCAGCAAGAGGAGAACCGGUGUGUAAGGGAAGAAGAGAAGACGAGAGAGCAAAUCAAGGGGAAGGAACAUGAGAAGACUUCCCUAGAACCAGCACAGAUAAUCACUUCAACACCCAUUGACAAUGAGGAACAGCCCCACUUCAGCCUGAAAAAACCAGAAAUACAAAUGGAAGAGUUCAUAGAAGAUGAAUUGAGGCCACCUAUGGUGCAAUCUGCGGCCCGUAAGGGUGGUGAAGAUGGUACUGUCAUUGAAACAACCAACAAUGCUACAUCUUCUAGCUUCAAAAAAAUUCAAGGAUCCGAGGAAGCUAGUGAGCAAGAGAUACUGAAGAUUUGUGAAGAGACAGAAAAGCCACAAGUAGAAACUUCUGAUUCCCACGCUCAAGAUCCAGUAACCCUGAUUGCCCCCUCAGUUCCUAGCCCAACUGAAGGGCAAUUUCCUCUGCCCAGAUCCUGCCAGAAUGAGCCCAUCCGACAAAAAGAACAGACAACUGAACCAAAUCCUCUGGAUGAGCAAGAAGAAAUGGAAGUUGACUCUUCAGCAGCUAGGAAUGAGGCUGUAGACCCUGGAUUGGGAAAGGUUGAAUUGGAGAAGAGUGCAGCUGAUAAUGUGCAUGUUGGUGAGAAAGCUGCAAGUGGAGUUGGUUUGGAGGAGGAAGCUGGCAUGACGGAGCAUGCUGCAUUAUUUGCUCAGACAUCUUCCUGCACAUCUGGGUUAUCUGAGACAGCUGGUCAAACCAAGGAGACCCAGACAGAAAGCAGAGUGGGAUUUAAUGUGGGAGUUGAGAGAUGCCUGGGCUUGACAAAGCUACGGAACAUUGCUGUGCAGACGAGGGAGGAUGGAGAGAGCACAAGCCAUGGCACAGAGGGGGAGGCCGAUACAGUCUCUCUACACAGUCAGGAGGAAGACAGUUUGCCCUUACCAGCGCCAGCACCCGGGAGGCUGGUGCACAGGCACGUGCGCACAAUUCGCGAGGUGAAAAUCACUCGUGUCAUCACUGACGUCUACUACGUCAAUGGCAAGGAGGUGGAACGGAGGGUCACUGAGGAAGCAGAAGCACCAAUUGUGGAACGGCAAGAGUAUGAGCAGAGCACAACAUCGCCCUCCCGCACCGUGAGCUCGCUCACGUCCGGUGACCUGGCUGACGUCAGCUCAUUGUCCACCAAGGUGUCCAACGGGACGGGCAGCCUGCAGAGGACGGGCAGCAGCACGUCUGGUGGGGGCCACUCGAGUGUCAGCCUCAACCGCUCCGGUAGUGGGGGUACAUUAGCAGAUCCACCCAGCACCAGCCUCCAGAGGUCAGGGAGUGAUGGAUCUGGUGGCCACAGCAGCGGGGGCUUCCACAAGCCAUGCGCAGCAGCAGCUGUCAGUGGGCACAAGUCCACAGACAAGGGCCACCACACCUCCAAGAAGGACAUGGAAAGGGAGAAAGAUGUUUCCACAAACAUCCGCGGCAGUGGUAGAGCUGUCUUUGAGGACAACGGGGGAAAGCUGAGCAGUAAAAGUACACUUCUUAAAGUGCAAGCUGGGCGUGGCUGUGAGGAGGUCUGGGGCGAGGGAGCACGAGUCGGAUACUCCAGACAGACUCACAGCAUGCCACGGACAACGCGGGGCAAAGGCAGGGGCCGUGGCCACCGUGCACCGAGGAAGCGUUAUCCUUGGCAGGGUCCACAAAGCGUUGCUCCAAUUAUGUUUUUGGAGCCAGAUACCGAAUGGGAAGAGAUUGCAGGUGAUGGAGAUGCCGGGGAUGAGGAUGAUUCGGAUCCAAUUGAGCCAGAGCCCACAGCAGAGUGGACACUAGUAGCAGACCGUGGUCCCCAAGCCAAGAACUUAAAGCGUGCGACUGAAUGCAGCAUCAUACCAGCAGCCGCCCGGGGAAGCUCUGAUGGAGACAUGCAAUCAGAUGGUGGAGUCAUCCCGGGCCCAGAGUGGCUAACCGCCGACUCCGGCGGCCCCUGUACAAGUCGAGCUGCAUUGGCUGCUGCCGGGCCCUUUCGUCGCUCUUCCCUGCAACGCUCAGCCUCGCCGCUCAUGCAUCUUCAGGCAGAGCAAGAUGUGCCGGUGGUUACGAUAGCCGGGGAGGGCAGCAACAGCGGCAGCAGCAGCAGCCUGGUGGGACUGCGCGUCGUGGCCAAGUGGAGCUCUAACGAGUACUUCUACUCGGGGCGGGUGGUGGGCGAGCGCGAGGCCGGGCGGUGCCGUGUGCGCUUCGACGACGGCUACGAGUGCGACGUGGCGGGCCGUGACGUCCUGCUGUGUGACCCUAUCCCACUGCACACGCAGGUCACGGCGCUCUCCCAUGACGAGUACUUCUCCGCAGGGUACAUCAAGGGGCACCGGAGGGAGGAGGACGAGCUGUACUAUUGUGUGGAGAAAGACGGGCAGCGCAAGUGGUACCGGCGUGUGGCUGUCAUCCUGUCCAGCGAGCAGGGCGACCAGCUCAGAGCACAAUACAGCCUGGACCCGCUGUGCCCACCCACUCCACACAAGCGCAUGGCAGAUGUCAGCCUCGAUAACCUUGUGGAGGGCAAGAGGCAACGACGGCUUGGAACAGCAGCAGAAGGUCGGUCUCCGACCACACAAGCUGCACGGCAACCCCAAAGUCCCCGGGUCGUGCCCUCCACUGGCAAGCGAAGGCUGCAGCUCACCGACCAGGGAUCAUCUGAUGUCGGGUCGCCAGCUAAGCGAGGCCGCAAAUCCACCAGUGCCAAGCACUCAUCAUCAGGAGGCUCCAGCCCAUGUAAGAGCAUUGGCGGGCGCUCGCCCACGCACAGCCUCACGGAGGAACGGCCAGGGCCACAGGCGUGCCUCAGCUCUGAGCUCUUUUGCGGCUACAGCUUCGUGUUGACAGUGUCCACCCCUGCAGAUCGGGUGUACUGCCGACCACCCCGCUUCUCCACUGAUGAGAGCUCGGGCACGGAGGAAGAGCAAGCAGCAGUGCCGUAUGACUACGCAGCAAUUGAGGCUCAGAUUCGGGCAGCAGGAGGCACCGUCCUGCAAAACCUUAACCCGACCCUGUGCACGGAGCUUUCACUCUGUUUCUUGGUGUGCGACUUCCCGUGUCGCUCACGCGAGUACUUGCUGGCGCUAGCGGCUGGCAUACCCUGUGUGUCGCACAUGUGGGUGCGGGACACUUGCCUGCUGAACACCCAGCAUGACUACCGUAAAUACAUGCUUCCCUCUGGCUACAACCUCACUGCUGGCUCCAUCAAUGAGUGGCACGGACAGAAAAAUCUCUUUGAAGACACAAGGGUACUACUGGUGUCCGAGGAUCACGAGAGCUUCCUGGGCCUGUGGUCGGAGAUUCUUAUGGCGGCGAAGGCUGCUACAGUCACCUGCCACAAGCCCACCCCGAACAAUGAUGUCGCAGUGGCCAAGUACGACUUGCUGGUAUCGGACGCAUCAUGCCCUCCCGGCAUGCUGCAUUGUGCUGCUGCUCUAGAAAUGCCCGUGGUGUCCUCUGAGUGGCUGGUGCAGUGCCUGGUAACAGGACACCGUGUCCCCUUCACCUCCCACCCUGCCUUCCGGCAUGACCACCGCCCAGUUUAAGCCCCCCAUCACUACUUGUAGAGCCAUGCGCAAGUUCUCACAAUGCAUGCCGAAGAAGACAGAUUGAUAGGUUAGUCACAUAUCUAAAUCUGCAAAUGAUUUUUAUGUAAUAUUUUAUUUUAACUCCAUCUCCCCAUUUACACACACACACACAUCGCACAACAAUGAAAUUAUUUUAACUGUUUGAGUUUUAUGUAAGAAAUAAGCUAAUUCCGGCAACACUUUUGCAUAACCUUUUGCCACAACAAGUAAACAAAGUUAAUCUAAGCUGUAGGGUCGACAUUUGCACUGUUUAAGAAACUUGCCCAACUCCAAGAUAUCUUUUUACACUCAUUGAUUAAAACAUUCCACCACAAGUUUUAUCACUCGUUGCAUUCACCCUAUUUUAGCCUGUAAUGUCAAUGUGAAAACAUACCUAACAAUUGAUAUGAAAAUUGCGGUCUGUUUAAAACAAGCGUUUUAAGUAACUACUGUACUUGAAAUAUUAUGUGCAUUGCUGUGGGGUAUUCGCAUAAAAAAUUACGCAUUUGGAGUGCAUUUACACAAUCCAGUUCUAUUUGGGCAUUUGCUGCCUUUAAGAUAUAGAAUGCAAUGCUAUGCACACUCGCUAGUCAUGCAGUCGCCUAAAAUAAUUGUCGUAGUGGCCCUUGACUUUAUUUCACGUAUCAACAAAAUUGACUUACCAUUUUGAGCCUUUUAACUAUUUUUAACCGUGCACUUUAAACAGUUGAGGUGUAUUAAAAACACACAAUGUGAAAGUUUAAAUAGGUUUCAUUUCCUGGUGGAUGUUUUUCCAACCACAGGGGCAAUUAGAACAAGAUAAACAAAAUGCGUCACUGUAGGAAGAUGACAUUAUAAAAGACAGUGAUUGAUAUUUUGCAUUUUGGCUAUAAAACUUAACAGGUGUUUGAAAUGUGUUUGGGUCUUUGUUAUUUUGCAAAAGACUCGUUUAUUAGACAUAUUCUGUAGGUGCUUCACUAUGCCAUUGUUUAAGUGACUGAAAGUAGUUCAUUAUAUGCCUUAUUGAAAAACGUGUACAUUUGCAUAGAGGGACCAAGUUGUGGGUGAAUAAUGGUUAAGACUUGAUAUGUUGCAUAAUGGUUCUCUGCAAAAAUGGAAUCAUUGUGUUGAUAAAUCAAGGUCGCCCAGGUUUAGCUGGGUGACUUAUUGAGGUGUUGAUUAUUGCGCCACCACGCUAAUCAUGCACAUAAAACUCAUCUUUAUCUAACAUUCAUUGUGUACGAAUUGCUUUUUAGAUUGCUACAUACUGUGUUUAUGAAUUUUUUAUUACCAGGUUUAUUUGUAACCGUAUUAGUUUACGUCUGAAAACUGCUAGUGAUAUUAUUGGUGAAACUAUUCAUAUCUUGACUUAAAGCUUUCGUGACUGCAGGAAUUUAUAUUCUUUGGGUCUUUCGGUAAAGUCACGUAGAUAGGUUAAAACAAAACAAAAAACUACGACGAUUCGAUCGCAACACAAGCGACCGUCAUCUUCAUAGUUUUUUGUUUCUUUUAUUAUUUUUUUAACCUAUCUACGUUACUUUACCGAAAGACCCAAAGAAUAUAAGCUAUUAAUAUGUUUGUGUGUAUUCGUUUUUUGCAUGGUAUUCCUAGGUAAGAUGUGCGUAAUAUUGUCAAAGUCUAUAAAUCAGCUGUGUAACAAUAUCGGGUAGUUGUUUUAGAUGCUCCGGAUGUUAUUUUAGUUAUACGUUCAUGUAAUAAUUAUAGGUUUACUGUGAGGAAUUACACUUUUGCUUUGUAGCUGUCUAUACUGUGAAGCAUUUUUGUGAUGAUGUGCUGCUGUUGCUUGCUCAAUAGCUAAAUCUUAGGACCAUCUGUGCAUACAUGGCACAGAGAAUCUACUUUCACCAAAAUUAUUUCCUUUUAAAGCUGAACCAAAAGUUUUAAAAAAUUAGCAACACUUUUUUAAUGUUCUUUUUUUUAUAAAUGGUUUCAAUCACAAUGCUAUCUGAUACAUAAUCCAUAGCUUUACAUACUUCUGUAUGAAAUCCAGCCCAUCACUUUGUUAUGCCUACUCCACGAUUUUUUUCCCAAUGUUGAGCCUUUUAUCCCACAUGGAGACACCUUAACUUUAUAGUUUGGAUGUAAAUUAUGCUGAAACAAUAACCCAAGAGUUUAGAAAAAGACUGACCUGUGUUGUCAGAGUAGCCAUUACAAUUGUCUGUAGUGUAAACUUUAGAUAACUAAGCAGUUUAAGUGUGAGGCAUUUAAGAUUGCAGUUAAAAGUUCGAAAUGUAAACGUCUAAUUAUAAUUUGUUAUUGCCCCAUUUUUGCCCGUCGCUGCCAGCGUCGCCAGCUUGGUCCUCAUUUAAUACGUUCCCGUUAUCCCACAGGGACACAAACGUGAUGCAGAGAAGGCUCUUUUAUUUUAAUUGUCUGCGAGUCACCAAAGAGACGGAAGUUUGCCCACACUCCCCGAGUCCCUCUUGUACUGCACGGAAGGAGGGAGAGAGGCUCGUCUAAUUUUCCCCAGUGUUUGCGGUGCAGAUUCUGCCAAAAUCUGGAGCCACUGGAAGCCUCAAAAAGCCUCCUCUGAAUCACAAUCGUGACCCUUGUUAGAUAAUGCUAACAUAUGGAAGGACCAUGCUGUGGAUGCUGGAAACGUCUCCUAAUAAACAGUUUUGCCAAAUGUUCAGAAUUAGGCAGAAGGCCGAUUAUAGCUGCUUUCUUUAAAAAAAAAAUUUCAACGAAAUUGUGGACAAUUAAUGUUCGUUUUUAAGUGCAACCCCUAUGUGGAUCCCUUGGCAAAAAUAGGACAUUGUGACAUUAAAAUUACCUGCAUGGAACAUGUCUUUGCAUCUCAACCAACCAUUAUUAAACUGGUUUGGAGGAUUGUAAAAAAAAAUACUUGAAUUAUGUAUUGUUGUUAAUCCAUGUUGCAUUUUUAAAAUAAAUAGAACUGCUUUUAGAGACAACAAUAUUGCAAUUUUAAUGUGCCAGGGUUACUAAAGGUAAUUUGUCCAGCAGUAAUGUAAAAUGUUGUACUUUUUAAGUUCAGUGUUUAUUAUAUUCAUCAGUCAUUUAAAACUAUUUUAAGUCCUUAUUCCCCCACAAUGUAAUGUUGAAGUUAAAAUUAGUAUAUACUUGUAAUGUAUGCCUUGUUAAUGCAACAGGAUUCUUAAAAUAUGUUGUAUAACCCUUAAAGUUGGUUAAAUGUGGCCUUGUACGAGAUUAAUGAUUACAGUUUAAGGUUAGGGUCGACAAUUUGGACAAGUACUUCAUAUACUUGAUUUGAUAUGGAAGGUUUCAUCAAUUUGAAUGCACCUAAAUACCCAAGUAUUAUGUUUCGUACGGAUUAUCAAUCAUACAAGCCGUCCAUUAAAUUGGUGGAAGGCUAGUUUGUGUCUGUCAAUUGUCUCUUCAACAGAAAUGUGAUCCUAUUCUUACUCUGGUUCUUUCGGUAAAGUCACGUAGGUAUAAAAUACAAUAAAAUCCUAUUGCUUGUUAAAGGAUAUAUUAGGCCUGCAUGUGUGCAAGCAACGUCAAUCAAUUAAUGUUUGGCAAACAGGCAUUGGUGCCUUUGAGCAUCGUACAUGAAACAAUCGUCACCCCAACAAAUGCUUGGCGGGUGGAGGCAACAAUUGAUGUUGUGACCGACAAGCUAGAAAAAUAUUGUGUAUGCAUUGCAGAUUGGCCACUAUUCAAAUGUAUCAUUAGGCAGGUAUCCAUACAGCAAACAGUUCUAUUUCAUUUUCUUUUAUCUUUGACUCAACAUUUGAUCACCGUUUUCUGCUUGAAAUACAUGUCAAUUCCAGCCCUCUUAUUUAUCGUACGACCUUUAUUGGAAUACCGAGGAAUUGAAAAUAUGUUGCACAAAGCCAGUUGAUUGCUCUCUACAUAUGUUUGGUAAAGACUUUUGGUACAUAUGUAAUUUAAAGCUGUUUACACGUGGUUUACUUAACAGGUAUAAAUGCCCUCGUGCUAAAAGCUGAGAAGAUUAUUGUGGCCGAGCAGCUACAUGGCAGCACUUAGCUCGUGUUCAUUGAUCAUGAUUUAAAAAUAGUUUUAGCAAACAGCUUAAUAUGAAUUAAACUUGGCUUUUCUUGUCCCACCUGUUGCAACAAACAAAUUUUCUGCAUUGUCCAAUUUGCAACCAAUGUGCAUUUUUAUGGCAAUCAGUUAAUUGCUGAGUACAUUGCAUGCAUUUUUUGCAUCCUAUCAUAUUUAACCAGUGCACAAUCAACAAAAGACAAGUGAAAUAUUUCUACAAAUUAUAACGUUUUUUUCACUUCCUUAUUUACCAAAAAAUAUAAUUUCGUAAUUGAAAAUCCCUAACAACUUCAUUUCCCCCUUGCCUGGUUACCACAAAGCAAAACAACUGUAAAUACGCAAUUGAAAUGCCUUAUGUUAAUUUGUUUAUAUAAAUUACACAUUACAAGGUUAUCCUGAUGUAUCUCUUAAUGAUUGCAUUGAUUUAUGGUUGCCAUAAUUGUGGAUCCAUUCAUACUUAUUUGCCUAAGCCAAUUUGUGUAUCUCAUACACAAUGUUCUUUUAUAACAUCCUCAAUAUUGUGUGCAAACAUGAACAUUUUUUGUCGUAUGCUGAGUAAAAAUCGACGUGCAAAAUUAUAUCUACCAAUUAUAAUUCACACCUUUAGCUACAAAUAUAUGAAAAACCCCUGUUACAACUGGAAACACUGCAAGUUCGUUUGCCAUUAUGAAGAGCACAUCAUUAUUUUCUCCAUAGAGUGCUUUUUGUGUAUGCUAAAGAGAUAUACUUAACGGUUUGCCAUACCAGACGGGGAUUAUCAUAACCUCCGCACAGUUGGCUAACUACGAUGCGAAAGAAGUUAUACAUACAUACCUCAAGCCUUCCACCAAUAGAAACCACUGACAUCCACAAGAAUCUCUGCUUCAACUCUUGGAUGCUCCUGUUUGUACAAUUACUUAGUACAAUGGAGGAUUACCCGAGUUUUCUCCAGUGCCAUGUGAACACAGCCAAUUUAAAUAGUGGCAUCGUAUGCAUCUGCUGAAAUUGUUUAAUCUGUGCGCCGUUUUAUAAGUAACUUGCAAUCGUGGUAAUUGCUUAUGUCGGUGUAAAGCUUGCAUCGCAGUACAUGUUUUGGAGCCAUUAAAUUGUUACAACUCA